AUGGUCAGAUACCAACUCGAAUCGCCGUCCAAAGAGGUAGGGGCUGAAAUAGCGCACGAAGACAAAGAUGGCAAACGCUUCUCUCUCUGUGGCCGACCACUUGCGCUCAGGAACGGCAAGGACGCGGCUCACGUAAUGGAUCGGUCUUUCGUGCCCUUUGUCGUCUCGCUGGCAGAGAAUUGCUCCAAUCGCAUAGUCACUCGCGUCUGUCUUAAGCACAAACGGCUUCGGAAAGUCAGGCAACACCAGCACAGGUGCCUCUGUCAUCUUUCUCUUGAGUGCCUGCAGUGCAUCUCGCUGGGCGUCGCCCCACUCAAACGGCACAUCUUUCUUAGUAAGGUCAGUGAGUGGUCGAGCCAGCUUAGCGUAACCAUGCACAAAUCGCUUGUAAAACUGCAGACCACCAAGGACGCUGCGCAGCUCUUUUUGGUCUGUUGGUUCAGGCAGGUUGAUCAUGCCUUCGACCUUCUUUGGAUCGGUCUGCAGACCGUCUUUCGAGACGAUGAAGCCAAGUACGGAUAUCUUGCGCGCGAAAAAGGUGCACUUGCUUGGCUUCACUUUGAUGUUGGCUGCCUGCAGCAGUCGGAAGACCUCAAGGAUGUGGCUGCAGUGAUCCUCAAAGGUGCGUGAGAAGAUCACUAUGUCAUCGACAUACACAAACGCACUCUUCCAAAGCACCGGUGCUAACGCUUUGUCCAUCAUUCUCUGGAAUGUCGCUACGCUGUUACACAGACCCAUGGGCAUGCGGAUCCAUUGCAGUUGUGUCUGCCCGUUGACCGAGAAAGCCGUCUUGUGUCUGUCCUCUGGGCUGACUUCGACCUGCCAAAAGCCCGACGUCGCAUCGAGCGUCGUGAACCACGACAUGGCCUGGAGGGAGUCAAAACAUUGAUCGAUCAAAGGUGGGGCGUAGCGAGACUUCUGAGUGAUUUCGUUGAGCCAGCGAUAGUCCACACACAGACGCCAGCUGCCAUCUUUCUUCUUGACCAUUACGAUGGCUGCAUUGUAUUCAGAAUCAGCAGCUUCGACGACACCACUGCUCUUCAGGUCGCUCACUAUCUUCACUGCUUCCUCAUGCUCAAUCUGAGCCAGCCUACGAGGCUUCAUGUACGGAGGAAUGCCACUGACACUGAUGCGAUGGGCACCGAGAGACGGAUCGACAUGGCCAAGGUCGUUCUUGUCGCACGAAAACACGCCCGUCUGUUGUGCUGCUUUGAUCACAUCCACUGCCUGUUCUUUCUGUUGGUUCGUCAGGCCUUUGCCGACUUGUAUGUCGUGGGUGAUUUCAUCAGCAUCUGGGUAGCUACGAACGUCCUCUGUUUGCGGCUGUGUGGCCAUCAAGUGAUCGAUCCGCUCUCUUAUCAAUCUCGCAAGGUACGACAUCAGCAUCAGCCACCUUGACUGCCGCAAUCCGUCCCGUUUCGUCCACAGGUCGUUGCAUUGUGGGCAUGGAAGGGAGUACAUCAAACCAGCCCAGCAAGUGAUUCUUGGGUAAGACGACCCUCUUAUGUGACGGAUUGCUGAUCCUGAUAUACACACAACGACCUGAUACGACUUCGCUCGUCUCGUCGUCUACACAAAGCCAUGCGCCUCUGUGGCAUGCGAGUGCUGGAUGCACUAACAGACGACCAACCUCCCCUUUUAUCUGUCUGUCAGGUCCCUUCAAUCGUGCUAGCACCCAUGUCUCCGUGCCGGCUGGGAUGGGUGUCUUUGCCGUGAUAUGGACCUGGUAGCUCAAUCUUUUCCCGUCCGCAGGUGCGUCGAUUCGAGUCAGGCCAAAAGCCAUGACACUCAGGCUAUUUAUCCCACAUGUCUGUGGUGCGUGUAUGUCCAUAGGUGGCCAUUCUGGUCGUGAUGUGACACGUACUUUCCCGGUUUCAUGGUCAACGAUGAACCUUUCUUCGCGAAUCGCCUUGCCUCCCAGUAAGGCGACACAUUUGGAGUCAUCGAUGACAUAGAAAUCGACAGACAGCGGAUUGGUGGCUGCUGUCUGUGUGUCUAUUGUGUCAGGCCACAAGGCGACUCUUGCGACCUUUUCGACCGCCACCUCACCAUGGUGUAGCACGCUGAGCGUCAUGACGCCUGGACAUAUCGUCACUUCUCUGUCCCCUUCCUCUCGCAGCCUGUCUAGCAUCUUGGUGCUCAUCACACUCAGGUCGGCACCAGUAUCAACGAGCACAUCCACUGUCACACCAUUUGCUCUCAUUCGCACGGAGGUCUGCCAUCUAACGGUCGGCACGAGCCCACGUCGUCUCUCUCGCCUAUCUUCUACAGCGCAGCACUGCAUCGCUUCCUCAGAACCACCCACAACAUCCCCUUCACAUACAUGUAAGUGAGCCGCCCGCACUGCAUCAUCAGUGCAUUGCAUAUGGUUCAACUGACACUCAUAUUCGUCACUCUUUUCAGGCGCAGCAGGCGGACAAGAAGGCGUCCCCUCUUCCCGCCGGCCACAAACGAGGGCUUGGCUGGAUCCGGCCUCGUUACGCAGUUUCAGCCCUCCGUCAAUUGUCAUCGGUGGCGGCCCACAACUACCGGCUCGGGACAGACUUGAUCGACUAG